AUGUCAGUGGAUCAGGAAAGUUUCGUAAUGAAACACGUCUUCGACAAUUUUUUAAUGUUAGAAUCAAACGAAAAAACCUCCUUUUGUGGGGAAACAAAGAAGCACUUUGGAGCGCCAUGGAGAAUUCGAAUUUCGCGAGAAAGAUCAAUGUUCAAAGUUUUCCUGGAAUGCCUAAGAUUCUGUGGAAAAAAGACAUGGCGAAUUAAUAGUGAGAUUAAAUGGAAAAUCCCGAAAAAGGACGGAAAAUUGUUUGAAAAAACCGAAAACUAUGUACUUGAGAAUGAUUCGCUUCCGGGAUGCUGCUCUCUGCGAUUUUUGUAUGAAAACGCAAAGGAAGAAUACAUGAUUGAUGGAAAAUUCGAGAUUGAAGUGCAAGUUCUCAUUAUAGGAACUAUUGGAAUCGUUCGUCCGAUUCUCAGAAAUUUCGAUGAUGACGCGGCAAAAGAGUUUUCAGAUGUCGUCUUGGUGGCUGAAAAUCAGAAGUUUUACGUCAAUAAAAUGUAUCUAUCCUUGCAUUCGACAUAUUUCAAGACAAUGUUUUCUGUAAAGUCGGAAGAACCUGAAAAUUCUGAAAAAGCUGAAAUCGAACUAAAGGAUGUUGAUGCAUACGAUCUUCAAAAGUUUCUAGAAGUGUUAUACGGAGAAAUCGAAGCUCUGAAUGACGAUACAGUAGAGGAAAUUUUGAAUUUGGCGGGUAUGUUCGAAUCGAAGACCGCGCGAACCAAUUGUCUCAAAUUUCUCAUCAAAACGUCCGAUCGAUCGUUGAAGAUGAAAUUCGAAAUCGCGUUGAAACAUAAAUUGAACAAGCUUUCCAGCAUGUGCAUUUCCGACAUGAGCACUGUCACUGAGCUUCGCUCGGUUUUUCCAGAAGAUCCCAAGAUGUACGAGCCGGAAUUGUGGGCGGAGCUUUACAAGAGAUUGCUCGAUUUGACAAGAUAA